UAUGAAUCCAGGAAGAAUAGACUAAAGUUUAAUAGUAAAAGAUAAUUAAUAGACGGUUUUGUUGAACAUUGUGCUGCAUUUUUUUUUAAUAUAAUUAGUUUGCAAUUUUGCAUAUCCAAAUUCCAAACAAGGCAGGAUUUUGGGUCACCGUUUCCGUCUCGUCUUUGUCCCGUUGUCUGUUGAUCUUCUCUCUUUCCCUUCAAGAAAUAAAUGUGGAAGCUGAAGUUCUCAAAAGGUGACGAUUUGUGGGUUACAAGCUUGAACAAUCAUCUUGGUCGACAGUAUUGGGAGUUUGAUCAAAAUCUUGGAACCCAUGAAGAGCGAGCUCAAGUUGAAGCCCUGCGCCAACAGUUUUGGCAGAACCGUUUUCAUGCCAAACAGAGCUCAGAUCUCCUUAUGAGGCUUCAGUUUGCCAAAGAGAGUGUUGGGGUGACAGAAUCUCCCCAAGUAAAGGUGGAGGAAGAAGAAGAGGUGACUGAAGAAGCAGUUAAGAAUGCUUUGAAAAGGGCAUUAAGAUUUUAUUCAACUAUCCAAGCUGAGGAUGGGCAUUGGCCUGGUGACUAUGGGGGACCAGUUUUUCUUUUGCCUUACUUGGUGAUCAGCUUAUAUGUAACAGGUUCUUUGAAUAUGGUUUUGUCAAAUGAACAUCAGCAUGAGAUGAUUCGUUAUUUAUACAACCAUCAGAAUCUGGAUGGUGGUUGGGGGCUUGAUAUAGAAGGGCACAACACUAUGUUUUGCACUGCUCUAUCUUAUGUAACUUUAAGAUUGCUUGGGCAAGCUACAGAUGGCGGAGAUGGUGCCAUGGAGAGAGCAAGAAAAUGGAUUGUUGACCGUGGUGGUGUCACCUUAAUCCCCUCAACUGGAAAGUUCUGGCUUUCGAUACUUGGAGUAUAUGAUUGGAGUGGCAACAAUCCACUGGCACCAGAGAUAUGGUUGCUUCCUUACUUUCUCCCUAUACACCCAGGACGCAUGUGGUGUCAUUAUCGAAUGGCACAUCUGCCCAUGUCAUACUUAUAUGGGAAGAGAUUUGUUGGACGCCUUGAUGCUGUUGUAAUGUCACUAAGAGAAGAACUUUAUACAGUGCCUUACAAGCAUAUUGACUGGGAUGAAGCUAGAAAAUCAUGUGCAUCGGAUGACCAAUACUAUCCAAAACCUAGGAUACAAGACUUCCUCUGGGGUUUUUUGGACAAGGUAAUAGAACCAUUUCUCAGGCAAUGGCCAUUCUCAAGGUUGAGGCACAAAGCAUUGAGAACUGUAAUGCAGCACAUUCACCAAGAGGAUGAAAGCACUCAGUAUAUCUGCAUUGGACCUGUAAAUAAGGUUAUGAACAUGGUUUGUCGUUGGCUAGAAAGUCCAAAUUCAGAGGCAUUCAAAUUACACCUCUCAAGAAUCAAGGACUAUCUCUGGCUGGCUGAAGAUGGCAUGAAGAUGAAGGGUUAUAAUGGGUCUCAGCUAUGGGACGUUGCUUUCUCUGUUCAAGCCAUCAUUGCAGCUAAACUGGAAGAUGAAUAUGGCUCAAUGCUUAAAAAGGCACAUCAGUUCCUUAUUAACACACAGGUAAGGAAAAACACAAGAAUUAAUCUGAAUUACUGUUAUCGUCACAAAUCUGUUGGUGGGUGGCCUUUCUCAACCUUGGAUAAUAGCUGGAGUGCGAUGGAUUCUAGUGCUGAAGCUUUGAAAGCAGUAAGCUUAUUAUCACAGAUGCCUCUGGAUGUUGUUGGAGAAGGGAUUGCUACUGAUCAGUUAUAUGAUGCUGUUGAUCUAGUUUUGUCUUUACAGAACAGCAAUGGAGGGUUUGCAUCAUAUGAGCUCACAAGAUCUUAUGCAUGGCUGGAGAUGAUUGACCCUGCUGAGCUUUUUGGAGAUAGUAUCAUUGAUUAUCAAUAUGUGGAAUGCACCUCCUCCUCAAUCCAAAGCUUGAAGUCAUUCAUGGAAAUCCAUCCUGGCCACCGGGUGAAAGAAAUUGAAGCAUGCAUUAGAAAAGCAGCACAAUUCAUUGAGACAGAACAGCUUCCUGAUGGUUCCUGGUAUGGAAGGUGGGGAGUUUGUUUCACCUACGGAACAUGGUUCGCAGUGAAGGGAUUAGUGGCGGCUGGAAGGACUUACCAGAAUUGUAUUAGUAUCAGAAAAGCUUGUGAUUUUCUGCUUUCCAAACAACUGAAAUCCGGCGGUUGGGGAGAGAGCUACUUAUCAUGCCAAGACAAAAUAUACAUAAACUUGGAGGGGGACAAAUCACACAUUGUAAACACUGCAUGGGCGAUGCUGGCCCUUAUUGAAGCUGGACAGGUGCAAAGAGAGCCGAUCCCAUUGCAUAGGGCAGCGAAAUUGUUGAUUAAUUCUCAAAUGCAAAAUGGGGAUUUCCCACAACAGGAGAUUAUCGGGGUCAUGAUGAAGAGCUGUAUGAUUAAUUACUCUGCCUUCCGGAAUAUUUUCCCAAUAUGGGCACUCGGAGAAUAUUACAAUUGCUUUUUGAGGCCUAUGCAAGAUGGAUUAAAAGUAUAACAGAUUUAUGUUAAGGUCCCGUAAAUGCAAUUUGGAUAUAUAAAAUCCUCUAUGUUAAUCUUUA